UCGAAGAUGGCGACACCGUUCGAGUAAAUAUGGCCAACUAUGCCGUGGACGGUGAAGACAAUAAACAGGCCUUUUUCAAAAACGGUAACAAGCAGUGGGUGAAAUUAAACGUCGGGGGCACUUAUUUUUUAACUACGAAGACUACGCUAGCUCGAGAUCCCAACUCGUUCUUGUAUAGAUUAGUUCAAGAGGACAGCGACCUCAUAUCAGACAAGGAUGAUACCGGGGCGUAUUUAAUAGACCGUGACCCGAGUUAUUUUUCCCCGGUGCUCAAUUACCUUCGCCAUGGUAAACUAGUCAUAAAUAAAGGUCUUGCGGAAGAGGGUGUUCUUGAAGAAGCGGAAUUUUAUAACGUAGCCGAAUUAAUAACUCUCGUUAAAGAUCGUAUUUACCACCGUGAUUCGCGGCCGUCGAACGACAGCAAGAAGCACGUGUACAGGGUGUUGCAAUGCCACGAAGAUGAACUCACGCAGAUGGUUUCGACGAUGUCCGACGGUUGGAGAUUUGAACAGUUGGUAAACAUCGGUUCGCAAUAUAAUUAUGGGGCGGACGAACACGCGGAAUUUUUGUGCGUUGUAAGUCGAGAAUGCGGCGUUCCGGAAGGCCCCGAAGUGGAGCAUAGCGAUCGCGCGAAAGUUUUACAACAUAAAGGAUCGAGGAUGUAAAAAAAAAUAAGUUAAUUUAGAACAAAAAGGGGAAAAGAAAAUGUACAGAGAAGAAUUGGGGUUUAAAAUUUUCUUGAUAUUAAAAUUAUUAAUUGAAAACAAAUUUUUUUGAAAAGUACUGAAUAUUAAAGGACUGUUUUUUUUAUGAUUGAAGAAAAUAAUGAUAGCAAUACUCAUCCUUUCGUUUUCUUUCCACUUUAUGUGCGAUUAUUAAGAGAAUAUGUGCAACUUUAGGGAAAUAAAAGACGAAAAUGAAUCGAUUUUUGGGGUUUUACAAAAAACAUUCAAUUUAGAAGAAAAAAAUGAUUAAGAAAAUAAUAAUACGCACAACUAGACUGUAACAAUAAUUAAAAAAAGUUCACCCUUCGUUAAAUAAUACCGUUUUAACGUAGGUUAAAUUAAAAAAAU